UGAUUCCUGCGCCGUGUGCCCUGCCCCCCUCGAAAGCUUGUACGCACGCCUGAUUCCCGGAGAAACAAUUAUCCCGCGCCCGUGCGAGGCCAACCAAUCAAUGAACUAAUCAUCGAAGCCUGCAGGCAAUUUAACAAAGCCAAGCAGUACGGCGGCCAGCGCGCUCCGCCACUGCCCACUGGCCACAGCCCACAGCACGGCGCUCUCGCGGAGUAUUAUAUUGCUCUUUCCGUCGCUCCGCCCGAGUAUUUUCUCCUCGCCUCGGGAGCUGCUCCGUUCCUCCUCCCUCCCUCCCUCCCACCCUCGCCGGCGACCCGCCGAUGCCCCCCGGGCGGCGGCGGCGGAGGCGGGGGCACCAGUGACUGACCGGGCCGCGGCGGUGCGCGGCGCGGACGAUGGCGGCGCCGGAGGGCUCUGGCGCCGGCGGCGGGGAGGGGGCGAGGGGGAGCAGGGUGAACCAGGAGCUGUGGUACGCGUGCGCGGGGCCGCUGGUGGCGCUGCCGCCGCCGGGGAGCCUCGUCGUCUACUUCCCGCAGGGACACAGCGAGCAGGUCGCAGCAUCUAUGCGAAAGGAUGCAGACGCGCAGAUUCCAAGCUAUCCAAAUCUUCCAUCAAAGCUGAUAUGCAUCCUCCACAGCGUCACUAUGGAGUCUGAUCCUGACACGGAUGAAGUUUAUGCUCGGAUGACUCUCCAGCCAGUUAGCAAUGUUACACAGUGUGACAAGGAGAUAUUGCUGGCAUCAGAGCUUGCCCUGAAACAAAACAAGCCACAAACAGAAUUCUUCUGCAAAACAUUGACCGCGAGUGAUACGAGCACUCAUGGAGGAUUCUCCGUGCCACGGCGUGCUGCAGAGAGGAUUUUCCCUCGUCUUGACUUCUCAUUGCAACCUCCUGCUCAGGAACUCCAGGCCAGGGAUUUACAUGAUACCAUUUGGACAUUCCGUCAUAUAUUUAGAGGCCAGCCUAAAAGGCAUCUUCUGACUACUGGCUGGAGCCUAUUUAUUAGUGGAAAGAGACUUCUUGCUGGGGACUCAGUCUUAUUUAUUAGGGAUGCAAAACAGCAACUCCUCUUGGGGAUCAGGCGAGCAAAUAGGCAACCUACUAACCUCUCAUCAUCCGUCUUGUCUAGUGAUAGCAUGCAUAUCGGAGUUCUUGCUGCUGCAGCUCAUGCAGCAGCAAAUAACAGCCAAUUUACAAUAUUCUAUAACCCAAGGGCUAGUCCUUCAGAAUUUGUGAUUCCUUUUGCCAAGUACCAGAAGGCAGUUUAUGGCAACCAAUUAUCUCUUGGCAUGCGGUUUAGAAUGAUGUUUGAAACCGAAGAAUCUGGAACAAGAAGGUACAUGGGUACAAUAACUGGCAUAAGUGAUCUGGAUCCUGUAAGGUGGAAAAACUCUCAGUGGCGCAAUAUUCAGGUUGCAUGGGAUGAAGCAGCACCAAGUGAAAGACGCACCAGGGUUUCCCUUUGGGACAUUGAGCCUGUCAUCGCUCCUUUCUUCAUCUAUCCCACACCAUUAUUCACUGCAAAGCGUGCGAGGGAACCUGGGAUGAUAGAUGAUGAUAGCUCUGGAAUGGAUAAUCUUUUUAAGAGAACCAUGCCAUGGCUUGGUGAGGAGAUAUGCAAGAAAGAUAUGAAUACUCAGAACAGCAUAGUGCCUGGUCUAAACUUAGCUCAGUCACUUCAGUGGAUGAAUAUGCAGCAGAACUUGUCACUAGCUGGCACAGUUAUGCAACCAGAGUUGCUAAACUCAUUAGCUGGCAAACAUGUGCAAAAUUUGUCCGCAGCUGAUAUAUCAAGGCAAAUCAGCUUUCAGCCCCAAUUCCUGCAACAAAAUAACAUCCAGUUCAACACCUCGUUACUACCUCAGCAAAACCAACAGGCUGAACAGUUAGCGAAAGCUAUAGCUACACCAAACGAACUGGGAAGUAUUAUGGUACUACAGAAGGUAGAUCAAAAUUGCAAUUCUGGCCAGAAGCAGCAUACAGUUACUCAAUCAGUGCAAGGCAGCCAGGCAAACUUGAACGUCACACAGCCUGAACAUGUUGCCCAAGCUCAGUUCCAGCAACCUCGAGUUAUUCUCCAGGCUCAACUCCAGCAACAGCAACCUCUGGUCCAGAGUCAUACCGUCUUUCAGGGAGGCCUUCAGCAAAUCCAGGUCCUGCAGCAACAGCAACCACAUUUGCAGCAACAACCUCAACAUCAUCAGCAGGUUCAGCACUCAGUACAGGAGCAGCAACAAAUGAAGAUACAACCUGUUCACGUGUCCAGUGAUGCGAACAUGAAUACACAACUAUCUGAUCAUCAAAUGAAACUUCAAUUAUUAAAGGCUCUACAUUCACAGCAACAUCUGACCAUGGAGCAGCAGAAAAUGCUUUUUGAUUUGCAGCAACAAGUGGUAAAUUCUCAGUCAGAUCCUCAGCAAUGUGUGCAAGGAGCUACCCAAACUGUUGGCUUUCACAACAGCAACACCAUCCAGUAUGCAGCGCAGCAAAAGGCCCAGUCUCACCAACCGAUUGAAGAUUCGCCUAGGGGUACCAUUCCUGUUGCAAAAUCAGAUAUUGUUACCUCCAUGGGUGCUAGCUCUUUGAAUGUGGCUGGCCGAAUGCAGUCAGUGAGGACAGAUAAUGUUCGGUCUUCGUCAACAUCACCAUCCACUACCACUAAUCAUGUUCUUUUGCAGUCCAUCCCAAGUAGCUCCAAGAACCAGAGUUUACCAACUGCAGCAAAAACAUCUCAAUCAUCUGUUGUCUUGGGCCCUACAAUUGAACAGGAAAUGAAGUCUUACCAGAGUGUGAAGCCAACAAUAAUGAUUCCCAAGAUGAUUGAACAAGGGCCAGCUACUGAACGAGACUACAUAACCAACCCCCACAUGGAUUACUUGGAUACGUCCUCCUCAGCUACUUCGGUUUGCCUUUCUCAGGCUGAUGGAUCAUUGCAACAAAACUUUCCAUCUUCAUCCUUCGAUCAGCAUCAGCUGUUGAGGGACACAGCUCCAGAUAGUGAGUUUGAGAUUUCAGAUCCAACAAAUAACCUUCUAUUUGGGGUGAACAUUGAUGGUCAACUGGGCUUACCACUUAAUGCAGAUGCCUUGCUUGCAAAUAGCAUUGAAAAUGAUAAAUUCAUGGAUGAGAUGGCUGGAAAUGGCAUUUCUAACUACAUUUCAUCUAAGGAUUCUCAACAAGAGUUAUCAUCUUCAAUGAUUUCACAUUCACUUGGAGUUGCUGACAUGAGAUUCAAUUCUAUAGAUUCUGCAAUCAAUGAUCCCCCAUUCUUAAAUAGAAAUUCCAGGGCACCGGCUCCUGCACAUCAACGCAUGCGAACUUACACCAAGGUGCACAAACGUGGUGCUGUAGGGAGAUCUAUCGACAUGAACCGUUAUUCAGGGUAUGAUGAACUGAAGCAUGACAUUGCGCGGAUGUUUGGUAUCGAGGGGCAGCUUGGUGACCAAAGUAGAGUUGGCUGGAAACUAGUAUAUGAAGAUCAUGAGAAGGAUGUUCUACUAGUUGGUGAUGACCCAUGGGAGGAUUUUCUGAACUGCGUACGGUGCAUCAGGAUUCUUUCUCCACAGGAAGAAAUGCAAAUGAGAUUGGUUGGUGACUUCGGAGACGGCUUUCUACCCAACCAGGCCUGCAGCAGCUCAGAUGGGGGUCAACCUUGGUAACUGAGAUCACAUGUAUGAAUGACCAAUGUAGUUUCUGGUGCUGUGGGACCGACAUUUUUCUCCUCUCGGUCAGUCUUAUGAAUACAGAUGCUGAGGAUGGCAGUUGACGAUAAUUUAGGCUCCGAAAUUCCGAGGUCGAGCGAACAUGAAUAUAAGGAACAAUUCAUACUUUUUGUCUCUGUUGUAGUCUUGUAGUCCUCAUGUUCUGUUGGCCUUGCAAUCUACAUAGCCAACCCAUAUUUUCUGCUGCCAUGUAGUAUAUGUCAUUGUUGCCUGAUGUAACAGUUUGCCACAUACUCAGAUGUCAACUACUGUAACUUGCUACAGAUUCUAAAUGAAGAAAUCGUAUUCUCCCCUUGUUCA